AUGGGGAUGGGUCUCCUGGAGCUCGCCGGCAAGUGUCUGGAGACACGAGGCCCGGCCGGCGAGGCCCGUGGGUCCCCUCCGCGGGUUGCGCAGUGCGCCUGCGCAGGGCCACCUCGCCUGACCUUUGGAGGCUCGUCGGGGUCGCACCUCACUCUGCUUUGGCAGGAGCUGGAGAAGGCGUCGCCCGGCGGCGCUGGCGCGUGCCUCGCUCCACGACGCUCGGGCUGGGAGUUCACACCUAUCCCUCGAGCCCUACGGGAGCCCAGAACUCAGGCAGCCGCCGGCGGGAGUCUGGGGACAUCGAUGUUUUUUUCUGGGGGCUAUUUGAGUUCCUCUGAACAGCCCAACAAUGGUUCUUUGGGCCAGAAUAACAGGAAUGAGAAGAAAAAUCAUACCAUCAAACUACGAGAGCUGGCACUGAUGCUCCCCAUUUCUCAGAAGAGUGGAACCAAGAAGCUGACCAAGAAGGAGAUCCUGGUGCAUGUUCUGCACUACAUCCGGUACCUUCAGAACAGCAUCAAUGUGGUCCAGACCCUGAUCGGAUGCCACAUCAGCUGCUGGGAAGCGGGGCCCACAGAAGAGCAGGAUGGACCCCAGAUGCCCCGGCGCUCUCUUGAUCUGCACAAGCCUGAGGAAGGGGAGACCACAUUUCCAGACCCAAGAGAAGAAAAUCUGGGGGUAACUGCCACCCCGCCACAAUGCCCUGACCUCUGCGAUCACCUCUCGGCUGUACUGCCCUCACUGCAGGAUGGCGGUGAGGAAGGGAUAUUCCAACUGGUAGCACAGGACCUGGCUGAGAAUGUUGACUCCUACGACUUCACAAACUUCUGGGCUAUGGACAAUGCCGAGGCCAAUGAACCCAAGCCUGAUGAAGAGGCCCAGCGAGCAGUAGAGACAACCUUCUUCAUGAACAAGGUGCAGCUCUCGCCCAGACAGAUGCUGAUCUCCAGUGAGGAGCUGGACAAGGAAAUCCUAGAGAGCCCACAGGUCGUGGAGCCUCCCCAGAGCAAUACUUGGGGUGCGGCAGACUACACAAGCAACAACUUAGCACUUAGCCCUUUAUUCUUCAGCUCCCCGAGCAAAGUUCUGCCACAGCCCAUCUUGCAGGAUGACACCUUCUAUCUGACCGAAGGGCUUUUGGAAGAUGCCUUCUUACAGCUUGAGUCCCUGCCGUCUCCCUGCUCACCCAUGGUUCCCCUGGGGAAGGAUGGGCCAUCCUGGGCCCCCCAGGAGCUUCCUGGCUCCUCCGGCCAGAACCGGCCCUUCCUCCCCGUGGACAAGUGCUACGUCUCGCUGAGUGACAGCAGCGAGACAUCAUCUGGAUCCACUUCUGAGGACACAGACACGGCCACGGACACAGAAUCCAUGUGGGAGCAGGAAGAGGACUUGCAGGCUGACCCCGAGGGAGUGCAGUCCUCCAGUAACGAGGAUGACUGCUCCUGGACCCCUACCAGGCAGGCCAUGAACCCCGCCUGGGGCAGGAGGACAGCCAAGAAGAACCGGGCCCACAGGGUCCCCGGGAAACCCAAAGAGAGCAAGAAAGCCUCCUGCCCAGCCCAGGCGAAGAAAAAGUGUGUCAACGGCUUCAUCAUGUUCUGCAGGAUGAACCGGAAGCAGUACAUCCGAGCCUGUCCUGGAACUGCAUCUACUGCAGCCACCAAGGAGCUGGCCCAGCUGUGGCGCAUGAUGUCCCUGAGAGAACGCAGGCCAUACUGUGCCAAGGCGCGCAGGUUCAGCCGGCAGCACAACCGCGUGGUGAAGCAGGAGAACUCCACCAGCAGUGAGGAUGAGGACUGGGAGCUGCCCAAGCCCUUCUGCCAGCUGCUGGCCCAGCGGGCAUGCGCACCCCCGGAGCACGCCCUGCCACCCAAGCCUCACCACCAGUGA